AUGAAUUUAACGAAGCAAAAAUGUAAAAUGCGUUCUACUGAUUUCAGAAUCGAACCAAGCGUUCGAGGAUCUGUCUAUUCCGCUGCGGCGAGAUACGGUAACGAUAGUGAUUAUACAUUCCUCUGGGAAAAGUUUCAUUUAGAACAUGAUCAUGCUGAACGAGAUCGUAUUUUCUCCGGAAUGGCUUAUACGACUAAUUCAAAACAUAUUUUACAGUAA